GGGGCUCCGAGGUGUCGGCACAGAGAGGACUCUAACAGCGAGCGGAAACCUUGAAGCUGCACAUCCAGCUUCCUCUGAUGACACGCUGGAUCUGUGAUGGCUCAGCAGGCGAAGGCGGGCCGGCGCUACCUGCGGGCGUUCGUUAGCGGCUUUUUCGUCGCCGUUCCCGUCACAGUCACCGUCCUCGACCGCUUCGCCUACGUGGCGCGAGUGGAGGGAGCGUCGAUGCAGCCCUUCCUGAACCCAGAGGGGGGGUCUGACUGUGACGUCGUUCUGCUGAACCGCUGGAGUGUGAGGAACUACGAAGUCCAACGAGGCGACAUCGUCUCCGUCAUGUCCCCCAAGAAUCCCCAGCAGAAGAUCAUCAAGCGGGUCAUUGGCCUGGAGGGAGACUUCAUCAGGACUCUGGGCUACAAGAACCGGUACGUUCGAGUUCCUGACGGACACUUCUGGCUGGAGGGGGAUCAUCACGGACACAGUCUGGAUAGCAACAGCUUCGGACCGGUGUCGGUGGGGCUGCUUCACGGUCGGGCCUCGCACAUCAUCUGGCCUCCAGAUCGUUGGCAGAAAAUCAAACCGUCUCUUCCUCCAAACCGAGGGCCGCUGGACACUGAGGAAGAGGAGGGAUGAAGAGGGAUGAAGACACACAGACACACAGUUUUUAUUACUAUGGUAAUGUCGACUAAACUGAAACUGUGUGCGAAGACUUUAAAAACACGUAAUGAGUUAUUGUUUUCUAAAAUGUUAAACAGCAGCUGCGAUGGACUGAGUUAUACAAACUCCUCUGACUCUGCAGCUGAUGUGGACCAGCAGCACCUCUGGGGGUGAAGUUUCACGACGUUUAACUGUCCAGUGAAAAUAUAAAACAACAUACACAGACUAAAUUGAAUAACAUUUUCCCGCAUUUUGUAAUAAAUGAGUACAUAUUGCAGUGGGUAUUACAAAGUGCAGGAGUUGUAUAAUGUAAUAAAACAUGCGUAAUAGCGUCUUCAUCUGUGCAUGUUAUAUUUUUAGGAAGGAACACGGAGUCUGUUCAAAGUUUGAGACCGUAUCGUUCAUGCAUGUUUGGUUUGUUAUUACAUCAUGCCUGUAAUAUUACCUGUUCAUGAAAAAGCAUUACAUAAAGAAAUGAAAAACAAAAUAUUAUCAUUUAUAAAUCAUUUAUUUCAGAAUGUAGUCGAUAUGUCCUUCAGGCGGUUUAUCACAACACGUGUGUGUCAUUGCACAGUGAAGUGAGAUGUAUUUAGAGGAGUUAUUACGUAGCAGUAUCACAUAUAAAGAUGUUGUUGGAGCCUCUUUCAUGUCUUUCCUCCAUGUUCGUGACCUUUCAAGUGCACUUGAGGAUAACUGCGUGAAUUCAAUUAUUUUCCAGUGCGAUGGGAGAAAACAAUGUGUGUAUCAUCUAACAAUGUAUUUCCACUGCGUUAGUUUCCACUCUCUGAGCAGAGAGCUGCCGAUGUUCACAUCCCAUGAAUAUUCCCUUUAUUAAACGAGAGGAGAAACGAGCCUCCACAUCAACCAGGUUAUCUGGAGUCUUAGAGAGGAACCACACAAGACAUAACAGCCAGCUGACUCAUGCCCGGCUCUCAAACAGACCUCCGUCUUCUAAGAGGCGCAUCGCUCAUUUGCAUAAAUCUAAUUGAGGGAGCACUUGUGGUAAAUUCAGCCGAAUGGAGCUCUCAGUUGUAGCUGUUGAUUCUGCCGCUAACAGCUGUGUCACGGCAUAAUGGGAUCCUGGAGGCACAAGUGGGGCUAAAUGCAGGUGUACUCAACCCUCCUGCUGAGGAGGCAGCGUGCUCACAUCUGCAUAAUGAAUUCACUCAAAUGUGAUGUGCAUUUCCGUGCCAAUUGAAUCUGACAUUUAAGGUUUAUGGUUUACAUUUGAGGUUAAUAAAGUGCAGCCUGCAGAGCAGAAUGA